AUGAUCUUCGCAAUAACCCUGGUACUUCUGCAGCUACUUCUGCCUGCAGCGGCUUGGGAGUACAACGUACAUACCGGUUUUAACUACGGCGCAUUCUGGGGUACUCCAGACAAACCGAAGCUCAAGGGGGAUUACACCAAAGCUUUCAAAACCGCAUACAGCAGCCUAAACACUUCGGUCGCUUUUGACACUGCUCGCCUGUUCACAUGUCGCCAGCCAGGCACGACCGACACCCCGAUCGAAGCCUUCGACGCCGCCGUGGACACACACACAUAUCUCCUGCUAGGCUUCUAUCUUUCGGAAACCAAGAGGUCCGCGCAGACGCCCGGUCAAACCUAUGAGUCGAACGCGGACAUGCUCAAGUACGAGCUGAGGGCUCUGGAGAAGGCGCUGGGCAAACAUGGAGACCAACUUGCCGAUCUCAUUAUCGGCCUCUCCGUGGGGAACGAGGACAUGGAGCAAUGGUAUUCUAAUCACGCAACAACUGGCGUGCCCGAAGGUGUCAUUGCGGCUAAUCUCGCGACUGUCCGCAACGCCGUACUGGGUUCUGCUUUGGACGAAUCGUUCCCGAACAUCAGGAAAUACAUGACAAACAAGCCUAUCGGUCACACAGAUACAGCCCCUCAUGCUGCGAAAGCCAAGAACGUCAACUUCGUUGGCAUGAAUGCAUAUCCAUACUGGAGCGAAGACCCGCCCGCCAGCGCAAAAGCCAGCUACUUCGGUAGCCUUAAUGGCGUCAAGAACGAGAUGCCUGGGAAAGCUAUCUGGCUCACGGAGGUUGGCUGGCCUUUUAGUGACACAAUUUCGCAGGUCUCUGCACAAGGGACCGCGAACAAGGAGAACUUGCAGAAAUACUGGGACGAGAUCGGAUGUAGCGUGUUCGGCAAAUACACUACUUUCUGGUUCGAACUCAUCUCGGACUCUCUACCUGACCAACCAGACUGGGCUAUCAUCGAUGCAUCAAAGAACGACUACGCUCCCCGCAUAGACGUGAGCUGCGGGAUCGGAAGGAAAGCUUGGGCACCUCAUCGCCGAGACAUCACAAGCUCGAACUCUACAGUGUCCGCAGUCAUGGUUGCUAGGACAAUCGAGGCUACCCAGGCCGCAUCCUCACCGACAGCCAUACCUUCCCUCUCCCAUAAUAUCUACACCGGUUUCUCCUACGGCGCCUUCUGGUCCGAAUCUAAACCAAAACUCUACAAAGACUUCGUUCGCCAAUUCACGUUGGCUAGAAACCUUCCUGAUGUCCCGGUGCCAUUUACCAGCGCACGUCUUUACCAGGCUGCGCAAUGGAACUCGCCGACUGAGCCUAGUGAGGCUUUCCAAGCCGCAAUCGAGACUAAUACUACUCUCCUCAUCGGCUUGUGGCUUCCGAUCGACAAAGAAAUCGAGGCGCUCGACGCUGCGUUCAAGAAGUACGGACAGAAACUUGCCGAUUUAGUGAUUGGCAUAUCGGUAGGGAGCGAGGACAUCUAUCGCGGAAGCGAUGAAUGUGCACAAGUGGAAGGCAAAGCCUGCUCCAUGGCCGCAACGGCAGACGAAGUGAUGGCGAACAUCACAUAUGUGAAAGAUGAGUUUCACAAGAGAGGUUGGGACAAACUGUUCAAAGCUCUACCACCAAUUGGUCACACUGAUACCGCUCGCAACGCCUUUCUCGCGAAUGCGGACUUCGUGGGCGCCAAUAUCUUCCCAUUUUGGCACCAAGACCCCAUCGACAAGGCCUGGAACAGCUUUGAAGAAAGUCUACAAGGCAUCAAAGAGCAUGCUGGCAACGUGCCGGUGUGGAUUACGGAAACAGGCUGGCCUUCGUCAGGCAACGACAAGGCUGCGAGCAUUGAUAACAUGCAGAAGUAUUGGUCAACAGUGGGUUGCGCACUCGUUGGCAAAUACACCACCUUUUGGUUCGAGCUGGAGAAGGACACGCAUGACCUGGGGGACCUCGAUUGGGGCCUUAUCGACAUCCCUUCCCAGAAGCCUAAGAUCGCAAACCUGAGCUGCCCUGGCCUGCCCGGUCCUCCCUCGCCAUCGUCGCCAAUUGGGUCUCCGACCUCGACCACCACCAUGCGUACUUCUGCAGCUCUGAACACUUCUACUUUCGUGGCUCUGCCCUCGACAGCCGUUACUGAGGGUUACAUGAGCAUACAGACUGACAAUCUUCCUGCUUCUGCAACUCCAUCAACCCUUGUCUCCCAUAACGGAGCAUCUCAGUCUGUGGUCGGAAGCGGCAGCACAGUCCACGUCACUAUCACUUCCACGAUCAUUAUGCAACCGUCAUCCGGACCUGAAGCACCUCCGUCGAGCUUAGAAGAUAUUGUCACCGUCACUAGCUUUUCCAUUGUCAAUGUGACCGUGGAUACGACGUUGAGCUCACCAACUCCUUCCCUUCCCGCGGAAACUUCUUUACUCACUGCGACUUCCAGACCCGCCGUCCUGGUCACUGAGCCUACAGGCUGCAUCACCAUCACAAAAGACGCAAACGGGCAGCCAGUCACCAUUUCCAACGCUCCCAUCAACGGCAAGUGUCUGGUGCCCCCGUAUUUGCCUUCCCUCCCAACAGCGCCAGCUGCCGUGACUGACGCCAGCCCAACGCGCUGCCUCGUUGUUGUCACAGAUCCAAUUGGCAAACUAAUCACUAUCCCCACGGAUAUCCCCGGCAAGUGCGCUACUCCCGUCCCCACUCCAGCUGUGGUGCAGGACACCGCUACGACGUCCAGACCCACGGUGUAUGUGACUGAGGCAACGGGCUGCAUCACUGUGUCCAAGGGUGUAAAUGGCAAGAUGGUCACCGUGGAAUCGAAUCCGCCCGUCGAAGGGCAGUGUGCGACGCCUACGGCGCCAGUAACGCCGGUGUUAACGAAGGGAAAGACGACCGUGUAUUUGACUCCCUCGUAA